UGGUGACACAUACAUUCAGUCUCAUAGCGCAGUUUUGAGAGGCGCAAUGUUCGCGCUGCCUUUGCUGUUGGUGGCAGCUGCUGUUCCCACCAAAGGCUGUGAAGAGUUGGUGCCAGAUACUGCACAGGCCAAUUACCGAUCCAUCACUCAAUGUUUGCUUGACGAGCAGAAAGUGGUGCUCGGACCGGGAACAUUCCUGCUGCCUCAUGGAGUGAAAAUGCCCUCGAACACCAGCCUUGCAGGUUCCACAGUGAAUGGCCUCAUGGUUUCCCGGCUGCUUCUGGCAGUGCCGUCGGCGAUAACGCACUAUGUGCUACAGGUGUCUUCUGAUUCUGAAGUCACAUCGGUGGUGUUGGAUGGUGGUGAGAUGCAGAAGGAUGAGACUUGCUGCCGAAGUGUACUGAGUCUUGUAGGCAACACUUCCUUGGUGACUGAUGUGGAGGUACUUGGAAGCGCUAGAGGUAUCGGCAUAUUGGUCGAGAACCCAACUUCUCACGACAACCUUGUAUUGAGGGCACAUGUACAUGACUGCUAUUAUGGAGUGAUCUUUGCCGCAGGCCUGCACUCCCACAAUCAGAAUGUGGUCCAGCAAGGUCUCGUGGAGGAUAUUUAUUGUGAUGCAGUCACAUUUGCUGGCCAUGGUCAAGUACGUGGCACAGUUAUUCGCAGGGUUGGCUAUGCAUGUGGUGCACCCUCAUUUAGCACCGGUGCUGGAUUUUUUUGCAGAGGUAACAGGCAAGGUGGGCUUGUACAAUCCUCUCAUGUUUCAGACACAUGUGGGAUGUCCCUGGAUGUGGAUACCUGCUCUUAUUUGGAUGUUUCACAGAGCACUUUUGAUGGUUCAGGUUAUGAUUGGAGCGGAAACCAUACACACUGCUGGGGCAUGCCAACUGCCGCCUUGCUAGACUCUCAAAUGUGUUCCAUCAGAGGCAAUCAGAUGUCAAAUGUGCGUGCUUCCAACAACAUCAGCUUCUCAGGCGACCCUCACCAAGUCUACAGCCAGGUAGCAGCUCAGCUUUUUUCAGAUCUUCCACAUGGCAACGAAACCAUUGUUAACUUUGCGAUGCUUCACCGGCCAAAUGCCGGCGCCUGGCCCUGCGUCGGCAACGAAGUGAUCAACAACUCCUUCACAUGCGAGGACUGCGUGGCUUACUUUGCAGGCCGCGGAACGGGAUACGCCGGGCACAGCGAGUCGCAGCCCUCGACCUUCGAAGGAAAUACCGUGCUGGGGUUGUCUGUCCGGUGUGGAGGGAACCUCUAUGCCGCGCAGGAACCUGUCUGUCGAAUGGGCUCCGGCUGGCCUUGCAAUGCCGAUGACUACCUCCACCCGGAAACAAAUUUCCGAAACGACCACUGCAGCCAUUUUGCUGCGGACAUCUAUCCAAUGUCUGUACUGCCGGGAGGUUUGCUUCGAAACCCACUCCCCCUGCCAUCAGGCGAGGUGACGCACAAGGCGCCGACGGCCAAGCCACAACAGUCGCUGAGCGCACCUGCAGCACCUCGUUGGCAAGACACGGGCAGCACGCCGUAUGGAAUGGUGUUUCGCUUUGGGUAAAAGGU